AUGGCGUUUUUGUAUGGUGUUCUCAAUGCAGUGAAAGAUGAUGAUGCAGUUAGAACGUACGAUAAAGAUAUCAGUGGAGAUAAAAUUGAUACAGUUAUUAGCAUGUUACAAUCUUCAAUUGGCUCCGGGCGUAAUGGGCUUGUGGAUGCUGUCGACGCGGUGAAGGGGUGGUUGGAGGGGUAUGAAGGAAAAAUUUUGACUAUGACAGGAGCCGUUGGAAGCGCACUGUAUGAGUUGACUAACGACAUUUCAGGUAAGCAUAUUAGUGGCAUUAAUGAUUCGCAGGGAUUGGAAGAGCAGCUUAAGGAGUGGAAGACGACCUUGACCAGCAUAUCACAUAACGCUAGAAAAAUCGAAACAGAUCAUGUUAAUUUCCUAGAUUACACUUUAUGUAACAAAUUAAAUAGUGAGAUUAAGGUAGUCAAGGAAGCCGUUAAAAUGUUAGAAGAAUCGGCAAAUGAUGAGGUAUUAGCGGAGAAGGUGAAGGAAGUAGAUGAUGAACUAGCGCAUCAGAAAAUAAAGGUUGAGAAAGAAAUUCAUACGAUAUGUGAAAACGUGAAAGAUACAUUACAUAAGGAAUUCUAUGACAUGCGUGAAACUGUGAAGUCGCUAGAAAAAAUAAGGGGCGAUGAGUUUGAAAAAAUGAGUGGACACUUGAACGAUGUUAAGGCAUUCUUCUUGAUGUUAAACGAUAAUUAUAAGACAGAUAUUAACACGCGAUUUGAAGAGAUUAAAGCUUUACUAGACGAUGUUAAUAAGGAUAAAAAUAGGGGUAGAGGUGAGUCCGUAUUGCUUGAGCGUACAGACGACGUCAAAGUUAAGGUGGAAAAAAUAGGACAUUUGUUAAAAACCUACGUAAUGUCCUUAGACACGUGGAUGAAAACCGCGAACAACGACAUAUAUGAGUCACAAAAGGAAGCUUUCCAACUGAGAAAUAAUGAGGUAGGAAGCGAUCAUAGAGCUGCUCUCACUUCGAUGGCCGAGGGUCUGGUAGGAUGGAAAAGUACCUUAGAACAAUAUAUCGAUGAGGAUGUGCGGAAAACACUCACGCAGUUGGUAGAGCAGGCUCAAGAGCAAUUGAGGCUCUUAGAUGUCCGGCUUAGGAAUGCGUUGUAUCAAGCAAAAACAAAAAUAAAGGGGGCGUUUGCACAUUAUAAGUCGGGGCUGAAUGGUAUCGCAACUUUGGACGGAAAUGUGAAAGAUGGAUUGAGUAAUGUGAGAACGCAGAUACUUAGUAAUUUAAAUUCUUAUGUCACGAGUGAGUUAGGGAACAGAAUUAGCAAGAAGCUUGAGGAGGAAAGCAACAAGAUCGCUCACAAGUCAGAUUCCGCUCUUCAUCCCGGUAAACUGGACGAGAUUAUUAACGAAGUAAAAAAAUAUGUGAAAGACGUUGGAGAUAAUAUAGGCAAAACGGAUGGUACUGGGAUGGUAGGUGAAUGGAUUAAUAAGUUAUUUAAGGAGGAAGGGGAGUUGGUAACUGGCCAAAUUAACACAUAUUUUAGCAGAAAUAGGCAUUUUUUCAACAGUGGCAGUGGGUAUAACAGCGCUCAUACAUUGCAUGAGCCAAUUAAGACUGCGAUUCUGACAAAUCUUCACUCGGAUAUAUAUGUUGCAACGAAGAUGCAACUCUCGGGAACACAUGAUGACUUCUCGGCAGAUACAAAUAAAAUCAAGUCAUUCUUUGUUUCAUAUGCAGACGGAAUUGAUGCACAACUUCAACCAUCCAUGAAUGAUUCCUUUACAUCUAAAAUAGUUAAGCAAAUUGAAGCGGGUCUGGCAUUAACGGAUAGAACGACCUCCGGUCAUAAUCGAACUCCACUUUAUCAAUUUCAAACGCCACUCAAAAACGCUGUAAAAUCAAUCUUACAACAUAUAUCCCAAGUUGUCAGGCAAUUCGCCUUAGAAUUAGACGCAUUCACUUCAAAGUAUAAGAUGAACAGUAACAUCAUGGAUGCUAUUCGCCUUGUUAGAGCGCUUGGAAGCACCGUGGCAGAGAAAUGUAAAAAUGUUUCUGCUGGAGAUGGUCUGGGAAUAACAAUACAAGGCGAUCUUGAAGAACAAGUUAAUAAGCAUAUUCAUAACGUGAAAGAGAGCAUAAACAUUGCGAAUAUUAUGACACAAUUCCACUCCGCACAUACAUUGCUGAAAUCCAACCUCAGUAAAGCGGACUUUGAUGAAAUAGUCAAUGCACAGUUGCCCGAUGGUGCUGGUAAAGGUCCAGGGGUAAACAUUGACGGCAUUGGAAAUUAUAAAGAUUCUAAAUCUGCCCUGACACAAACCUUAUCAUCACUUGCUACAAAAUCUGCAGAUCUCGAUGUCAAUGCUACAAAACUAGCCCUCGACGAAUUUUCCUCGGAUAUGAAACUUCAUCUCACAAAGCUGAGUGAAGCGAUUACCGAAGCAGGUGGCGUGAUCAAUGGUCAGUUGCACAAGCUGCGAACGGAUAAUAUAGAAAAAAAACUCAGAGCAAUCCGGAUUCAUAUCGAGAAUGUACAGGCAGACAACGUCGAAGGUGUUAGCAACGCAAUAUACACUGUUCUUGAAAAAAUAAGAACGUUAGAGAAUGUGCCCAGUGACGUGGAGACACGUCGUGUCGAAGUAGAAAAAAUUUUUAAGCAGAUAGAGACAGAAGUUAAUAACAGAUUUGUAUUUCUUAAUGAAAUGGCGAAGAAAUCUAGCGAUGCUGUGGCGGAUGCGAUAAGCGCUGUGCAGGAUAUGUUAAGAAAGAGUAGAGAAACGUUACUGACAGGCUUACAAAAUUUAAAGAAAAACAUUCUAACUGUAGUUAUAAAAUCCUUCGACGACAUUACAGAUGAAGUCAGAAAAUUAUUUUCUCGGCGAAAGAGAGCGGACUUAUUAGGCCUCAAAUCCUUAGUUGACCGACAGCUUGACACAGUAAAAGGAAUCAUCGGAGAAAACAUCAACACCGGCGUGAAAGGCUUCCUACAAAAAUUGCACGAACAGUUUGUCACUAAAGUUUAUACAAUCAAUGACGUUAACCCCUCGAAGUUCACCCCUAAAUCGCCACUCAGCAGCGGUGCCGGUAUACUAAGCACCGCCUUCACCGCAUUCUUCGCCACGUUGCGCAAGCAACAGGACUUCACCUUCGACUUCGACAAAAUCUCCUCCACCAACGAUGCUCUUUCCCAACUGCUCAAGGACCUCGCCACUUCACAACACUUCGACCACGGAUUCACGAAAAACCUGCAAAGACUUCAGAACCGACUUCGCCAAUUCACUCCGGAGAAAUUCGGCGAUGGUGAGAGUCCGUCAGUUUUGGAAGCGUUGAGAAGGGGGUACCCGGCGCUGGUGGGUGAGUUGGAAAAGGCGUACGUGAGGGUGUAUGAUGGAGGUCAAAAGAUCCAGUGGGAUGACAGAACGGAACAGCAAUAUGGCGCAAAAAUCUUUUGUACAAUUUCUCCGAUGUUGCUCGAUACCCUUAGUGAGCUUAGGAGGAGGUGUAAGACAGGGGGGCAGUGGAGGGAUCAUCCUAUAAAUUUACAUGAAGUAGAUAGACCAAAUUCGCAAACAUAUAAAAUUACAAAUCCACUUGGCGCGUUUUUAGCGGAUUGUGGUUACGUCGUUUCCACGGAUAAGCAAGAUGGACAGUUAAGGCAUAACGAUGGUUGCAAAGGUAACAACAUUUACGAAUUUCUCACCAAUGGCACACAUUAUCUGGUUAAAGAGCACGACGAGAUUGAUGACGAAGCCAGCAGGAAAAUUCACGGUGUUGUUCGAACCAUCUGCAAUUAUCUCAAACUGUACUACGAAGCGUGCCACCUACCGACUUCCACCAAACAUCCAUCGUCUGCCUACCAAAUGCUGUACUGGCUGACUGGGCUCCCGCAUAGUCCAGUGUACAACGCGCUGUCACAUGAAGGCUUCAGUGGUCUCUUCGAGAAAAAGGACGAAGAAGAGACGGCCACUGGAGAUGGAAGCAUCGUUCUCAAAUUCGAAGACGAUGACAAGUUGCCGGCGUAUCCGAAUGACAUCACUGCGAACAAUAUGAGAGGCGUACUCACAGAAGUCUGCCACUACGCUGAACAGACGCUCAUCUCUAUUCUGGGCCACGGACACUCGGGUGGGAUUUACGCCUGCGAAUUUAAUACGAAUUCCAUCAAGUUAACGUACCCCAGUGAUCCUAGUAAAUGUGUUGACUUACUCAUAGAAAUAUCGAACAGGCUUUAUCAUCAACUAUGCUUCUUACAUAAUCAGUGUACGUACGAAAGCGACCUCAGUGGCUGGGCAGACUGCUGGUAUGGAAGAGACAUCGGAGGCUCAGAGUGGAGGUGCAAUAGCCUUCAAUGUCCAAAGCAAACUGCUGACCAAAAGCACAACCAAACAUGUGACCAAAAGUGCAACCAAAGUGCUGGGUGCGGUUUGAAAUCGCCGUUACAAUCAUUCUUGGAAGACGGCCUCCCUGGCUUUUUGCCUCAUCCAUAUAACAAGGCUGACUGCAAAAUGGGUUGCUCACUCUCAAACCACAGCGGAAUACCGUGCAAAACUCCGAUGGGUUUCGGGGACAUUUCCACAAUGGCGUCGCACACCCAGAGAGGCGCACGUAUCUACAGCGUACUUGAUGAUUUCUGUGGCAGUGACGAUUCGCCACUAACCAUGCUGUGCGCUUACUUUGCGUGCUUAUUGGCCACCCCGCCUAAGACGCUUGGUGACAUGUUCGCAUUUUAUUACAACUUCUUGAAUGAUUGGUCUGGCACGAAUCCUGAACGCACAAGGCUUCGGGAAUUGCCGUAUGCCGACGCUGUAAAAAAUGCUAAUUUCAAAAAUGACGACAACAGAUUGGACAUUACGUCAAUGUUCAAGAGCGCUUCCCAUGAAUAUGUCCCUGCCUCUACCCAUAUGAAGGGUGACCUUUUCACUCUUGUUGGUUGCAACCCGAAACAUGUUCCAACAUUACCUUGUGGACCUUACUUGCAGCCGUUGUCAUUAUCUAUCCCCUCCAUGUUCUCUGAGACGAACGCCGAUAAAUAUUUGUCCUGGAUCGUUUAUUUGACCGAAACGUUCUAUGACUUGCUGUCUAAGUUACUGGCUGAUUGUAAGAGCAAAUGCGGUUUGCCGCAAUCCAGAUGCAACCAGUAUAGAUGCAUUAAGAAUUGUCCUGCCGCAACGUCAUCUACAAAGACGCCAUCCCCGACUCACAGUGCAGGAUGUAAAUCAAUUGUACAGUGUAAGUCGGCCCUUCCUAAUUUGUACAAAUACGGGUUUCAUUUCGGCAGUGCAACGGUCCUGAACGGUACGUAUAAAGAUGAAGAAAAAAGGACGUGCAAUGAUUUUUGCCAAACAUUAGAAAGAAUUCUCAACAAUAAAAAAACAGACGGGCAUGCCCUAGCCGAUUUGGUAUUCGACAAAAUACCAGAAUUCCUAUGGAAAGUCCGCCAGAGAUUCUUCUGGACCACCGUCGCCCUCUGGCUCCUCUCUUUCCUCUACCUCCUCCACAUCAUGGUCAUCCGCCUCGACCUCCUCCACAUCAAAUCGCAUCUGCACUCACCCUCAUCACAUCGUAUCGCUGCUCAAUCACUACUUGCUGCUGGACGUGUUGGCAAGCUUAACAGAGUGUUUUAUCUGCAACCAUAA